AUGAAAUUCAAUUCUGCUCUUUUGCUGCUUGCAUUUGCGGCUGUGGCCGUGACGUAUCCUAUUGAGGAUAACAGUGUCUCAGAAGUUGAUAAACGUAACGACGCCUACAAGCCAAAUCAUCACGCACCACCAAAGAAGAAACCAACCUACAAGCGUGAAGAUUACAAACCAAAACCAGAUGAUUACAAACCAGUAAAGGAAGAUGAUUACAAAGUAAAGGAAGAUGAUUACAAACCAGUAAAGGAAGAUCAUUACAAACCAAAGGAAGAUAUGGAUUACGAAUCAUCAAAGAAGAAGCCAACCUACAAGCGUAACGAAUACAAACCAAAACCAGAUGAUUAUAAACCAGUAAAGGAAGAUGAUUACAAAGUAAAGGAAGAUGAUUACAAAGUAAAGGAAGAUGAUUACAAACCAGUAAAAGAAGAUGAUUACAAACCAAAGGAAGAUGAUUACAAACCAAAGGAAGAUGAUUACAAACCAGUAAAAGAAGAUGAUUACAAACCAAAGGAAGAUGAUUACGAACCAAAGAAAGAUGAUUACAAACCAGUAAAGGAAGAUGAUUACAAAGUAAAGGAAGAUGAUUACAAACCAAAGGAAGAUGAUUACGAACCAAAGAAAGAUGAUUACAAACCAGUAAAGGAAGAUGAUUACAAAGUAAAGGAAGAUGAUUACAAACCAAAGGAAGAUAAGGAUUACGAACCAAAGAAAGAUGAUUACAAACCAAAACCAAAAUACUAA